GCCCAUCACAUUAAACCUGCCUCAUUCGAGAAAGCGAAACAGAGAGAGAAAGAUGGAGAAAUGGAAGCAAGGAAGUGGCCUACUGGCGGCGAUCUUCUUCUCGCUGUUAAUGGCGGCGGCCGCGGCGGAGAAUAGGGGGGAGUGGAACGUUCCCGGCGGCCAUGAUUGGUCGCAGUUCCUUUUGAAGAAGUCUGAGGUGGUGACGAAGACGGAGGCUGGGGAGAUUAGGGUUUUCAGAGGCCACACAUGGAAUGGCCAUCCGCCCCGCCUGCAUAUUGGCUUCGUUACCUUGGAGCCCAGCUCACAGCUCAUUCCCGUUUACUUAGAUGCAGAUCUCAUCCUCUUCGUUCGAAGAGGGGAAGUGAAGAUCGGUUGGAUUCACGAAGACGAGUUGGUCGAGCGCCAAUUAAAAGCUGGAGCGGUUCUCCGCAUCCCUGCAGGAUCCAUCUUCUACUACGUCAACAACAACGAACAUCAACUCCAAAUCAUCGCCGGCAUCGAACCAGUCGGCACAGAUCUUAUCGACGACUUGUUCACGCCUUUCUACGUCGGCGGUGGGGAGUUGCCCCCCUCCGCUUUAGCUGGGUUCGAUUUAAGCACACUGACCACUGCCUUCAAUGCAACACCAGAGGAAGUGCGUGCGCUUACAGCCGCCCGCUUCGGCGGGUCGAUCAUAAACAUCAUCAGUGAGGAUGAUGAUAACCACCUACAGAGGUUUGCCGGUGCCAUGAAUUCGGCAAUGGGAAAGCUUAAACAGGGUAGAAAAUUAACGCAGAAUGAUGAAGUGAAAACCAAAGAAAGUACGAAAGAAGCGUGUACAUGGUCAAGCAUCUUUAGCUCGUUCUUCUUUGGAGAAACAGCAACGGAGAACAACAAAAUCCAGCUCCGAGGCGACGAUCCAGUGGAAGCACCGGAUGCAUACAAUAUCUACGACCACGAUCCAAAUUUCAAGAACGAUUACGGAUAUACCGUUGAGGUGAACGAGCACGAUUACUCACCUCUCAAGCAUUCGGACAUCAGCGUCUACCUCGUCAACAUCAGCGCGGGAUCGAUAUUGGCGCCGCACGUGAACCCUCGGGCGACGGAAUACGGGAUUGUGAUCGCAGGAUCGGGGACGGUGGAAAUCGUAAACCCUAACGGAACGAAGGCGUUGAAGGCGGAAGUGACGGUAGGGGAUGUUUUCUGGGUGCCGAGGUUUUACCCGUUCGCUUACGUGGCGGGGAGAGAGGGACCUCUGGUGAUUCUAGGGUUUACGACAUCGUCGAGGAAGAAUAGGGCGCAGUUUCUGGCGGGGAAGGGUUCGACGUUGAGCCUUCUGAUCGGGAAGGAGCUGGCGGCGGGAUUUGGGGUGACGGAGGAGGAGUUGAAGCAGCUGGUGCACAAGCAGGUGGAGUCGGUGAUAUUGCCGAGCUGGGAGUAGAAGUGAAGAGUGGAAAUGGAGGUAAAAGGGUGAGGCCGUCCUUUUAUAGAGUGCAUUUAGGGUUUUUCCGAGUCAGGAUUUUGCUUUUUGGGGAAGAAAACAAAUUAUGUACUGUGUAGUUGUCUUUA